AUGAAAAAUGAGAAAAAGGAGUCAGAGGACAGCCGAACUUUCACCUUGCGUUUCGCGUUUCGUCGUUGCUGCCCAUGCAGAGACAUUAGUCCGGUUUGCAGAAACCUGUCGACUACAACGGCGAGCAGUGCUAAGUUACUUCUAAACAAAUUCCCUCUGAGGACGGUACCAUCGAAGCAACAAGCAUCGCCCAGAACACGAGCCCAACACCUUGCUCGCAAAGUUCCAGCAGCACCAACGAAAGCGAAAGCAACACAAACAGCUAGAGCCCAAAACACCGCUCAAAAAGCCACUACGGCGAGACCGAAAUCGAAAGCACCGCCUAAAACUAGAGCACAGAUCAUCGCUCACAAGGUCACGGCAACAAAACCAAAACCGACCGCGCGGCUGCUACGAUUACUUGGUCGAAACUCACAGAAGACGAUGCAAAACGCGAUCGACGCACUCACGGCACAGGUUGCCAAGAUGGGCGUGCAAAACCGUCCUUCCUGGCCAAUUUUUGCGCCGGAGCACGAAAGCUUCCCAACGUUCAUCAGGCGUGUUAAUGACUACUGUAACGCACAACAGUUGACGGAUGAAGACGCACGUCGCGCCUUCCCCACAAUGUUGCGCGGAGAACUUCGCGAGCUCUUGGAGGACAUUCCAUCAAGCCAACGCUCGCAAUGGCAAACUCUAAUUGACGCGUUCAAAGGCGCUUACCACACGAAGGCGCGGUCACAGGAGGCACUCUCUGCACUUACAGCAGCGUCACAAAACCACCGCCCCAUCGAUGAAUUCGCAACGACAAUCCGCGAACUCGCUAUGGGAGCGUAUCCUGGCAACGCUGACGCAAGAGAUGCCGCCGCGCUGGCCGCCUUCAUGGCCGGACUGGAGCCGAAACUUCGAAAAAAGGUUCGCCGAGCAGAGCCGCAAUCCUUUACCUACGCCGUAAACCGAGCAAAGCGAGAGGAGGCUCUCCUACGUAUCGAUGCACGCGAAGAGCAGAUCGCUACCACAGCGGAAGUCGUCCACGCGGUUAUGGAAGGUCGAGCAGCCCAGCGACAGUUCCCCAACUGGAAUAACUCGCCGCAACGGGCUAGCCGCCCAUUCAACCGCCCGGAUCGUAAUAACCGUCCGCGGUUCUUCAAGAAAGGAAGACGAGACCAAGACUCUCCAAACAGAAGAAACAACGACUACCAGGACGACAACCGCCGAUCAGAGCCUCGCAAUCAACAACGUCGAUCAGGACCUAACAACCAACAUCCACGCCGACCAUGGCAGAGGCGCCCACAACACGUCAACGCCAUUCAGCCAUGGUUCUUAGCCACCGUCUGUGCACUACUUACUAUCGGAACAAUGGCCUCACCCACCUUCUAUGAUUGCACCCCGCGAGGAGGAGUCCUCGUGGCUCCACCACAACUCGAGAACUGUGAAGUAGAUACAGAACACCCAACUCAGGCUCGAGUCACGCUUUACGUACGCAAUCACUCCUUAACCGAGAUCACGGCUUUUAGAUGCACUAUCGAGGAAUACCAACGCUGCGUCCGCACAAGAGUAUGGUUCCCAGAAUACAACCAAACCCUGAAGACGAUCACAGCUAUGCCCUCGGAACACUGCCUCACAGCCACUAAGGAGCACACGAUAGAGGGGAGGACCUUCCGCAAGACAAAUGUAGACACAUGGACCAGUGAGCCGACAGAGUAUCCUACUCGCCCUUUUUGGGGAGACAAUUGCAUAACCGUGAAACGCCUAGUCCUGACCAGAGGAAUCGCGACCUCAAUCGCCAAGGACAAGCUAAUCACCAAUCUGCUCCUAAACACUGAGGCAUGCUCGAUCUUUGAUGGUCUCUGCACCAACGAUGUAGCCACCGUAGUCUGGGAAGCGCCGAAGAACAUUCAUCCUGAAUGCGCUUUCAUCAAACUUGGCCAGUUCGAUUCCUUAGUUGGAACAGACAGAGUGGCCAUCGAAGCGAUGCAGAGCACGCUGAUCGUCGACGACCAUGAAACUGAGCUCGAGAUCCAACAAUGUUUCAAAGACAGUAUCCUGGUAAGCACCUCUGGCACGAUAAUACAGUUCCCGGAAUUCCCAAAAGCCACAAGGCUGGCUGACAUCACGAGGAGACCUCGUUCGAAAAGGGACAGCGGCUCAAUAAUCGAAACAUCAGACGUGCCGCUCAACGCACUGAUUAUCGCGACCAACCUCCGAAGCAGCCUUCUACCAUCCAACCGCUCACUAACCCAGAGCGAGAAGCUGCAGGCGACACACGUCAGCCCUCGGACGAUCGCCCGUCUACUUUACGACUGGCGAAUCUCUUAUCAGGAAGUACUGGAUCGCAUGGUCCGUCACCGAUAUAACAACGCCAGCCUAGCUAUCCUGCACACGGUUGCGGCAAAAGAACUCGCUCUUGCAACAAUGAACCGCAUCCGCAAACAAGAAGAAAUCGUGUUGGAUAGCCUGCUACGGCAACAUGACCCUUACAAGAACGGAGUCAACAUUCCUGACAGAUCAGCCAAAAUAUCGAUAGCAUACCACAUAGCCUUAGGACCAGACGAAAGCAAUCUAGAAAAGGCCCUACUCCACCAUUACGGCCUGCCCCCAACACCUAACAUGACGGAAGCUCAACGAGAUCGCAUCAUUGACCACGCUAGAGACAUUUAUGAAAACCUCCUCCGUCCUGACACCCCGACUAAACAAAUACCCAAAACAACUCCGACCACCAUCUCUCCCACCAUCCGCCAAACUACGACGAUGACUUCUAAGGCCCCCAGCAUCCGAGAAGUACGACAACAGCAUCUACUGGACCAACCAACACCUCUUCCACCAGUUGUAGGGUCAGACGCACAGCUCGCACUGAUGAAAUCCACCUACGACUUUGAGGAAGACACUCGCCGAAACCUCACUGACACUGGACUUAAUGCAAAGUUGCAAUUCACGGCAGACUCACUUGCACAAAGCAUGAAAACUAACUUUCAAACGCUACUGCAGUCUCUCUGUCGGAACAACAACAAGCAACUCCAGCUUUGGUUAGGCCUCCUUCAGCUCGACCCUACUGUCGGCGUAAGGAGUCUCUUAGGCAGAGUAGACAUCGCUGCUCACUUCGUCGGCAACGGCGUAGUAGCAGUAACAAAAUGUCAACCAGUAUACGCUAAAAAGAUCUUCUACUCGAAACGAGUCAACAACACCUGCUACUCGGAAACGCCGGUCCUGACAGAACAAAAUGAACUUGCAUUCAUCGUCGCAGGUUCCCGUGACCUCUUGUACCGCUCAGCAAAAAUACCAUGCCCCGCGGCUUCUCUUCACGUAUGGAACGAAAAUGGCACCUGGUGGACGGAUACGGGAAAAGCUAACGUCACCCAACUUCCUAACUGGCAUGAAAAAGGACACGCACAAAUGACACCAAUCGUCUUCCAAGCAGCGGACCUUUAUGGUCCAGCCAAAGGAUCCGCCUUCCCCUUCAUGAUGGCAAUGUCCUUCGGUACGAACCUUGCCUAUCUUCAACAAAACCAAGCUCGGCUGGUAAACGUUCUUCACGGAACACGGUUGAUCGAUCGCGCCUCUCUCCGGGACAUCGCAACCGCAGGAGGAUACAUUGUCAACACUACCACCGGCGCUAUCGAAGACAUCAUGGAAAACUUGGAAGAUUGGUACAUGAAAUACGUGUUCUACGUCGGCAUCCCUAUAGCCGCAGCCAUGAUUUUUGCCGCCUUGACCUAUUGCGCUUGCAAACUCUGCAUCUUCCGAAGCGUCACCGCCAGUCUACCCAUAAACGCGGUGGAACUUCAAGAUCUUCCCACCAUCGACGGCGAAGAACGAAACGACGAAGAAGAGGAAGAAGCAGAAAUAGCCUACUACAGGAGCCACCAAAGGAAACUACUCCCCCGUCUGAUGACGUACGUUCCCAUCGCAAUACCACUCGUCUGUACGCUGGCAUUAGAUACAGUGAACGCGACAACAAUGCUAGAGCGACCUCAAACUACACUCCCAUAUGUAGCAAUUACUCUAGCAUCCAGAGGACUUGUCGCAUUAUGGGACACAGGUGCAACGAUUUCGUAUAUUCCACAGUCUACACUCCACUACACCGACAGUCACAUGGAGAAGACCUCCCUCAGGAGCGCUCAAACAGCCAACGGCUCCAAGUUCAGCUUUUUAGGGAAAGUCAACCUCCGUGUUGGCAUUGGGAAACAUACGAUUCAGCACACCUUUCUUGUCUCUGACAACGAGACAUGCCCUGCCCCAGCACUCAUUGGUUAUGAUCUAAUGACCGCCCUCGACGAGCAAGGAGUACCUACCGUCCUCCACCCAAGCGAAGGAACGCUAGAAGUCGGAAACACCACAGUUCGCCUACUUCAACAAGGUGAAUCACCUUUUGCUACGACUUCAAAGAAGAUCAACGUCAUCGGCGCAGCAAAUGUGGUGAUACCAGCAAACACUACUCGGAGAGUUCACUUGGACCUCACUAACGACUCAGUGAAUGAGGAUCAGCUCCUGCUGCUACGCGCUCCAGUAAACGGCGACAUCACAUUCAUGAACACCAUCACCAGUCCAGGGAUCAUGACCAUCAGGAUCUCGAACGUUUCUGACAACUCCUACGAAAUCCAAAAGGGAACGACCCUCGGACAAGCUUGCGUGCUACGGAUUCCCGAACAGCCAAGAACUUUCCCGCCAAUCCCAGUCGAGCAAUACACCCCACCAGAAGCCGACUGGGAAAGCAAGCUCCCAUCGCUACCGAAAGACCUGCUCAAGGAAUUGAACCUUCAACGCUGCGCCCUCGAUGAAGCUCAACAAAAAGAGCUGAGGAAAAUAAUCCUCGAUCAUCGCAGCGCGUUCUUCAACGACGAUGGGAACAUUGGAAUGUUCACCGGCCCGAUCCAACAUCGAAUCGACAUUCGGGACGACCUGCCUUUUCCAAAGCCGAGGACCUACAGAACACCACUAGGAAAACGAGACGAAGUCGAACGUCAAGUACAGGAACUUCUAGCGCAAGGAAUCAUCGAACCUUCGUUAUCGACCUUCACGAGUCCCGUUGUCCUUGUUAAAAAGAAGGACUCUACGUGGCGAUUUACAGUAGACUAUAGACAACUCAACGCUGUCACGAAAAAACAGGUCUACCUCAUCCCGACCGUUUCUGAGAUUGUCGACCUCGCAGCCGGAGCAAAAUUUUUCACGAACCUCGACCUUAUAUCUGGAUUUUUCCAGCUACCACUUCGAGAAGAAGACCGACCGCUGACCGCUUUUACAACCCCAUCUGGCACGUACCAAUUUCGGCGUAUGCCCAUGGGGCUCUGCGGGGCACCACACACCUUCCAGAGCGCCGUACAGUACCUACAGAAGCAACUUCCACGAGGAAAGCUCUUUGUAUACCUCGAUGAUCUCCUUCUAACAUCCGAAACAGCAGAAGAUCACUUGGAAGACAUCAAGGCACUGCUCAACACAACCGCUCGUCUGGGUUUCAAGGUUCGCCUUUCUAAAUGCCACUUCGCCCAAGAAGACGUCACGUUUCUUGGACUGCGAAUCGGACGAGAAGGAGUCGCACCAAACCCUAAGAAGGUCGAAGCCCUGAACCAAUUCCCUCAGCCUCGGUCUCCUACGGCAGUUCGCUCAUUCCUCGGAAUGUGCAACUACUUUCGCCGGUUCGUCAAAGAUUUCGCCAGCCUCGCUGCGCCUUUACACAAUCUCACCAAGGAGGACACCGAGUUUAAUUGGACACCCGAGCACGAGAAAUCGUUUAACGAACUCAAAAGCCGCCUCACGACAGCACCAAUCCUUGCAGGCCCAACUCCUGGUCAACCAUAUCAGAUCGAGUCGGACGCAAGCUCAAUUGCUAUUGGCGCAGUGCUCCUACAAGCCAAGAACCCCGGUGAACCCCUACACGCGAUUGCAUACGCAUCACGAAAACUUCGAGCAGCAGAACGAAACUACGCCGCCAUCGAAACCGAAGCCUUGGCUCUGGUAUUCGCAUUGAACGAAUUCCGAACCUACGUUCUCGGCUGUCCCAUCACAGCAAUAGUGGAUCAUCGUCCACUCACAUCGCUCAUGGUUCGCAAGGACCUUGUGGGACGACUCGCGAAGUUUCAACUCAUUAUCGCGGAAUAUGACAUCCAAAUCACUUACCGCCCAGGCUCGAAGAACGUGGUGCCAGACGCACUAUCGCGAUACAUCGAAGAUGAAGCACGAGACCCGAUAAUCAAAACAGCGAAAAAGGCUACUGUAGCUCACUUGCACGACACCAGCACACUCGACGUCGAUUCGUUUCGAAAGAUCCAGAAUGAAACCAAAUGGAUACGCGACGCCAUCAGCGAACUUUCCACGGGAAACAGCGCUUCCAAGAACGAGGCAAACAAGAGAUAUGUUCUUUACAACGACAUGCUCUAUGCGAAGCCUCGCUCUGCAGCGCACCCACCUCUUCUGAUCUUACCACGAGCCGACGCAAUCACAAAAUCAAUUAUCCAAGAAGUCCACAACGACCCCAUCACCGGAGCGCACCUUGGAGCAACAAAAACAGCCCAAGCUAUAAAACGGCGCCUCGUUUGGACUAACAUCGAUGACGACGUUCGACUUUUCGUGGCACAGUGCACUAAAUGCCAAAAACGAAAGCCGAACGCGUGGCAAGCAACGCGAGAACCGCUGGGAUCGCUACCCAUCGGCGACGCCCCUGGUCAGAGAUGGCACAUCGACGUGCUCGGACCUCUCCCGAUCACCGCACGCCAAAAUCGCUAUAUUCUGACUAUGGUGGACGCCUUCUCAAAACUGCUCAUCACCGUGCCAAUAAACACCCAGGAGACAACCGUGAUCGUCAGAGCGAUCUUGGAUAACUUAGUCACCAAGCACGGAACGCCACAGUGCAUCGUAACCGAUAACGGAUCAAAUUUUCAGUCAAAGAGUUUCAAGGACACGAUCAACACACUGGGAAUGACACACAUCAGUACGGCUCCAUAUCACAAAAACAGCAACGGACAAGUUGAAAGGUAUCACAGAACGCUAGAAGAGUCCCUCGCAGCGUUCGUCAACGACACGCAAUCGGAUUGGGACGACUACCUAAGCCUAAUCACAUUUGCGCUAAACACGACGCCGCAUACAACAACUGGACUCUCACCGUUCUUCGUGACACACGGACGAGAACCGCGCAUUCCGGCAGAUGUACUCUGGAAAUCUCCAAUGCCAGUAUACAUCAACGAAGAGGACCAUGCCACAAUGCUGCGCAUACAGCUCGCCGAACUCUGGAAAUUCACCAGAGAACGUCUACGUGUUGGCCAGGCGCGACAGAAGAAGAACUACGAGAAAACGCACCGAAUCGCCGAAAGAAAAAUCUGCACAGGCGAUCUGGUCCUCGUCAAACGCGCCCCCGCAAAGAACAAACUGGCUCCGUACCUUCACGGACCAUACACGGUUAUAAGCGUCUCCGGACCGAACAUCCAAUACGCACAAGAUAACCGCAUUGCGAAGGCCCACAAAAACGACGUCCGACUGUUCAAAAGGAACCACAUCACUGACGCCCAGCAAACCGAGGAACUCCAAGACUACCCGGAAGACGACACGAUCGCUGAAGCGCAAGAACAACCUCGAGAAGCUCAACAACCUGCUCCUCAGCGCCCUCAGCGACUCCGGAAACCUCCCAAACGUCUUCAGCACUAG